UAUACAUCAUCUUUAUUUGUUCCCUGAGAUAUAGCUCCCCUCUGGUUUCUAUGAUGGAAAUAGAAUCAGAAACUCAAGAACUCUGUCUCCACGUCAAUGGUGAACAUGCAAGGAAAUUUUCUACGGAACAAAGAAGUCACGGCUACUCGUGGAGGAUAAAAGUGUCUCUCUAUGUAUUUCUCCUCUUAGCUGGAGAGACAAUGGCCACUCUUUUAGGUAGACUUUACUAUGAAAAAGGCGGUAAGAGUACAUGGCUUGAGACCUUGGUUCAACUUGUUGGGUUUCCUUUAACCUUUCCUUGUUAUUAUUACAUAAACCCUGAGCCUUCCAAGACUAAAUCCAUCACCAAAGAAGCUACCUCCUUCUUGACACUAUCUAUAGUGUAUAUUGGAAUUGGCUUGGUUGUUGUUGGACAGAGUGGUUUAUACUCUUUUGGAUUACUCUACCUUCCUGUCUCAACUUUCUCUUUGAUAUCUGCGUCUCAGUUGGCUUUUAAUGCCGUCUUCUCUUACUUCUUAAACUCACAAAAGAUUACACCUUUUAUACUCAAUUCACUUGUCCUCUUGACCUUAUCUUCAACACUUCUUGUCAUCCAACCUGAGCCUGAAUCUUCUUCAAAGUCCUUGGCCAAAUACAAUUAUGUGAUUGGAUACAUCUGUGCGUUUGGUAGCUCAGCUGGGUAUUCUUUGACGCUUUCGUUAAUAGACUAUGCUUUUGAAAAGGUUCUAAAGAAACACACUUUCAAAGAGAUUUUAGAUAUGGACACAUACCCAUCUUUAGUAGCUACUUGUGUAGUUGUGGUUGGACUUUUUGGAAGUGGUGCGUGGAAAACGUUGAGGACAGAUAUGGAAGAGUUUAAACUUGGGAAACUGUCUUACAUAUUGAUAAAUAUCGGUUCCACGAUAUCAUGGCAAGCUUUUUCCAUUGGUUGUUUGGGUUUGAUCCUUGAAGUUUCAUCGCUUUUCUCAAAUGUCAUAAGCACUGUUGGUUUACCUAUUGUUCCUUUUCUCGGUGUUGUAUUCUUCCACGAUGAGAUGAGUGGAAUCAAGUUGAUUGCAUUGGUUUUGGCCAUAUGGGGAUUUGUUUCUUAUGCUUAUAACGACUAUGUCGAUGAUCAAAAACCAGAAGAAGCAACUCAGGAGAAAGAGGAAGAAGAGAUGAUGAAGCUUUCUCAACCUGAAGAAGAUGCACCAGAAGAAAACAGUCAUAUCCAAGCUUAGUUAAAGAUACAAGAACCAAAACUCUUGUAAUUUUGCACUAAUAUCAUUUCAAGUAAGCAGUUACAUAUAAAGUAGACUAGACUAGACACCACAACAAGAAAAUUAAAAACUUUCUAAAUGUCAAGUGUAGUUGAAACCCC